AUGAAGCGGAGAAAGGGCGGAGAACGAGUUCAAGAGCUGGAAAAACAAGAGGUGCACGUGGCUCCUCACGAGAAGGCGAAGAAGACGAAAAGGAAGAGGGCAGACACAGAGACGGAGGUGGAACUACCCUGUGAACUGGACGAUACACCAGACCCUGGCUCAUUGGCUACGGAGAGUGCGACACCGGGGGAAAAGAAAAUGAAGAAGAAGAAGAAGAAAAAGAAGAGAGAGGCUAAGAGCGAGGAGGAGGAAGAAACACUCGCCACAGACAAUAAUUCAAGAUCAGAAGCAGAGAUUUCAGGCUCUAGAAGAGGUCGAGGGUUCACGGUCAGCAUAGCCCUACCGGGGUCAAUAGUGGACAACGCACAGACUCUGGAACUGAAGACCUACCUUGCUGGACAGAUUGCUCGAGCAGCUGUCAUUUUCUGCAUAGAUGAGAUCGUUGUCUUUAACGAACGGGGGAAGCAGAGCUCUGUGUCUGCAGGUGCCCAGGGACAAGGCAGUGAUCCGAAUGUCUUUCUAGCGCGACUUCUGGAGUACCAGGAAACACCUCAAUACCUGAGGAAGGCACUCUUCCCCAUGCAUCGUGACUUGAAAUAUGCUGGCCUGUUAAACCCACUGGACUGUCCUCACCACAUGCGUGCCGAUGACGUCUGCCCCUAUAGAGAGGGGAUAGUAGUUGGAGAUGCACAGAAUCAAGGAGAGGUGGCUGUUGGCUCUCUAGUUGACUGUGGACUGAAGAAGAAUGUGGUGAUUGACAAAGAGCUUGAUGUUGGCAUCUCCUCAGUAGUGUUUGGAGGGCUAAAGGGCCUGGAGCAUGCUCUAGACUGUGACGACACCCUAACGAUGGCGGACGUUGGGGUCCUCUUCCAUCACUACCUCAACACCUGCCCCGCCCAGGGCUCUCGCACAAUCCGCACCGAGGAAGCCAUCUUAAUCUCGCUGGCAGCUCUUCGCCCCCUCAUCAAAGCUCAAACAACAUCAUAACUCCUGCCCUCAACCUGAAAUCUCCAGUUUCAAUAUGAACACCACAAUCAUUUGAUGUUGUAUACGUAAAACAGUACGCGUCAAAUUGUGCAUUGUUUCGCGUGGAUUUUU